GAAAUCCUUCAUCAGCAUUCUUUAAUUCUCAUGAAUGUUUCCUGGAGUGUUUGUGAUGAUUUAAGCUGCAGCAGGCUGUGAGCUGGUUUUUCCCACACGCCGUGAACGCCGCUCAGAUGAGACUGGGUCAUCAGCUGCAGACAGGCAGGUGUGGUCCGGGACAUUCCGACCGGAGCGCGGAUCUACCGGGACAAAACCAGCGUGUACUGCGGGUCUGCCAACAUGACCCUCCGGCACAGCAGCACAUACCCUCGGAUGACCACACAUCUUUUGACCCCGAGCUAAAGAAGCAGAAGCGAGAGCCCUCCUCAUGUAAUGAAACAGGGAACGGAGUUUUUACCCAACCACCACAGGAACUGACGUGAAACUAAGGGACCGGCCUGAAGAAACCUCACCAUAUGUAACCACUACUGAAGUGCAGCGAGAAAGAGGAACGUCUGUUUCUUCUUUUUAAAAAUGGAUGGAGUUAAUGAGUGAGCGGCGGACGAGUUCAGGGCAAUAACUGGAUUUCUGAUCAGUUCUCACCCUGUCACAGAGCGUUAGAUGCUCGAGCCCUGUGGAGACGCUGCGCUCAGUGUGGAGGACGAACUGCACUGACAGAACUGUGAAUUUAAAAAUCAAUGAGUGAAUGUCAAAAUCUGUGAGUCGCCACACGUUGGAAAUCCCCUGCAUGGUGUCAUCGGGCUGAACUGGAACUAAGGUGGAACCAUGCGAUUGCACUCGGCCGUCGGGCAUGAAUCAUAAAUGCAGAGCUCUGCUUCAUUUUCUGCUGCUGUGGUUUCACUUUGAAACUGAGGAAGAUGAUGUGAACGUUUGAGCUCAAACUCAAGGAUAAACCCAAAGCGUGGAAAUUCAACUGGAAAUGUCCUCUUGUUGGCUCGGCAACGCCUGCGAUUUCUGGACAAACUCUUGUGCUGCUCUGAGCUCGUAGCAUUGGGAAGCGGAAAAACAGAACAGGAAUAUCACGUCCUCCGAGGAAACGGAUUCUACUUUGAAAUUCAGUAAGCGGCCGCCCAAAUGGCAGGAAAGGACUACAAUCAUCUCUUUAAGCUGCUCAUCAUUGGAGACUCCAAUGUGGGGAAAAGCAGCCUCCUGCUCCGCUUUGCAGACAACUCCUUCUCUGGCAGCUACAUCACCACCAUCGGUGUGGACUUCAAGAUCCGAACAGUAGACAUCGAUGGAGAGCGAGUUAAACUGCAGAUCUGGGACACAGCGGGCCAGGAGAGGUUCCGAACCAUCACAUCCACAUACUACAGGAACACCCACGGUGUCAUCAUCGUUUACGACGUGACCAAUCCAGAGUCGUUUGUAAAUGUGAAGAGGUGGUUAAAUGAAAUCUCCCAGAACUGUGACAGCGUCUGUAAGAUCCUGGUGGGAAACAAAAACGAUGACCCUGCCAGGAAACAGGUGGAUACCCAGGAUGCAGUGCGUUUUGGGGAGUCGAUGGGGGUCCGUGUGUUCGAGACCAGCGCCAAAGAGAACAUAAACGUAGAAGAGAUGUUCAUGGCCUUCACCCACAUGGUGCUCCGGGCCAAGAAGCAGAGCCAGAACCGAGCCGAGAGGGAACGAGAGCGGGAGAAGGACACGGUCAACAUCAACGCCCAGAGGGACCGAGACCGCAGGAGGAAAGGGAAGAAGUGCUGCUGAGCCGGCGACAGACCACCAAACACUUUCCGCUCAUCGCUUAUACAAAAACAUUGAAAGAAGAUUGGGAGCCGCGUGCCUUAGAUCUGUGACUGCACACACCAACGUUUGAACCUGUGUUCACUGCUACAACACAACAGACUUCAGGUCAGUCAGCUGUGAAUGUAACUGAGGCAGAGGGUUUACAGUCUGUCAGCACUGACUGCAUGUAGCAGCCUGGAGGUUCCAUGAGUUAAAGGAUCAUUCUGGUGUUUUUGAAUUUACUACAAAUCCCAUUUAAAGCAUGCUGUAGUGUUUCAGCUGGCAGUGAAGGAGCAUGGAGGCGUUGGUUGGGCAUUCCAAGACAGAUUUGCAACAAACUGCGCAGAUUGAAAUGAAAUCUUCCAUCGAUAUUCGUGCUCCUCAGAGGAUGAAUCCUGAUAUUUUCAGUUAAAACUCAGACUGAAACACAAACCGAGCAGGGGAAAAUGAAAUUUAGAGUUCAUGAGUUCUUUUAGGCCGACUGCCGUCUCUAAGGUUUAACUAUUAAGUUUAUUAUUAAUGUGUUUGUUAUACGACUGUCACUAACCAUCCUUCUCAUAAUCCAUUAAUCUGCUAACACGUCAGGAAACAUGGUGAUGUCAUCACGUCUUGUUUUGGGUCAGGACAUUUCAGCUGUAGUUUCCAAACGUGGCGCCCAGAUGUGGUUUGGAUAUUCAUGUAAUCCUCAGAGUUUUGCCAGCCUUUCCUUUACUAACAUCAACAUUUCCACGUCUGCAAUGAAAUCCCUGAGCCUGUUGGUCCUCUGAGGAUGAACCUCACCACCUUUUUCUUUAGUGCCAUUGUCAGGACAGAUUCCUGCUCCUUGUCCAUCAGAUUGUAUUUGAUGAGUGGGAUGAACACUGAACACUUUUCCUUAGACAUGACAUGAGACAAUCCAUCACAGAUCAUCAUACAUCGGCCUCUGCGAGUUGAUUUUAAUAUUUAACAUGGACAGUGCUGCCUGUGUUCUUAUUAUAUUAUGAUUGACCAGUCUGUUAUGAAAUAUGCCGCUUCUAUAUGAAAUGUGAUUGUGGUGAAUGGGAGACAAAAACACUGGUUUGGUCCUUUAAUUAGUAAACCACUGUUCUGUGCCGCUUUUUGUUUUUAAUACAGUAAAAGUAUUUUACCACUGAAAGGGAAAACUGUUUGCAUUCGUUACUAAACUGUAACCGUGACACAUUAACAGGCGUGAUCAGUCUGUCUGCCUUAUUCCAAGACUACAGUGUGUAUGUGUGAGUGUGUGUGUGUGUGUAUGUGUGUAACCUCAACUCAGUACAAGCCCAAAAUGUUCAAGUCAUUAGUUUGUUGUUGUUUUUUUUUUUUAAUGUAAAUCUGUCGCCUAGCAAAUGUGUCCAAAUCCAAAUAAAGCAAUAAAUCCAGA